ACCUCGUCCCCCCCCUCCUUCUCGAAGCCCCCCGACUCGCUCCGCAAAGGCAUGGAGAAGGGGACUAACAUCUUUCCGACCUGCCACACCGUUUUUCUCGCUUGGACAUGGCUCUUACUUCUCUCUUGGUGUUGCACCGGCGCCGAAAUAACUUGCAGAUCCUGCUCAUCUCCAUCGCCCUCCUGGCCGUCCUCCUUGUCUCGCCUUAGGCAGGAGCAGCGACCGCCGCCGCCAGGAUUACGGAGCUGGCCGGGCAGCCGGGCGCGGGGCUCGGCCGGGGCGGCGGCCGCCGGGGAGCCGCUGCCGGGCGGGGAGCCGGGGGGCCGUGGGGGGCCGCGGGCAGCCCCGCUCGGCUCGGCGGGGGCGGGCGGCGGUGCGCCCGGGGGCCGGGGCCCGGCAGCGCCGCGGAGCCGGCGGAGCAGCGAGGGGCGCCGGGCGCUGCCGGCGGGCGGCCGGGGGGUGCAGGCGGCCGAGGGGCAUCGCGGCGGCCGGGCUCAGCCCCGCGGGCCGCCGGAGGAGGGGAGAGCGGCGCGGCUGCGAGGGGCAGAGGAGCUGAGGCUGAGCAGCACCACCUUCGCGCUCACCGGGGAUGCGGCGCACAACCAAGCCAUGGUGCACUGGUCCGGGCACAACAGCAGCGUGAUUCUCAUUCUGACAAAGCUUUACGACUUUAACUUGGGGAGUGUGACCGAGAGCUCACUGUGGAGGUCAACAGACUAUGGAACUACCUAUGAAAAACUAAAUGACAAAGUAGGCCUGAAGACUGUGCUGAGCUACCUUUAUGUCAGUCCCACUAACAAGAGGAAGAUCAUGCUUCUUAGUGAUCCAGAAAUUGAGAGCAGCAUACUCAUCAGCUCUGAUGAAGGGGCUACCUAUCAGAAGUACCGUCUGACCUUCUACAUCCAGAGCUUGCUUUUCCACCCCAAGCAGGAGGAAUGGAUCUUGGCCUACAGUCUGGAUCAAAAGCUGUACAGCUCCAUGGACUUUGGAAGAAAAUGGCAGCUCAUGCAUGAACGGGUGACUCCAAACAGGUUUUACUGGUCGGUGACUGGUUUGGAUAAAGAACCUGACCUUGUGCACAUGGAAGCCCGGACAGCUGAUGGACACACCCACUAUUUGACCUGUCGGAUCCAGGAGUGCUCAGAGACCAAAAGGACUGGGCCGUUUUCACGCUCCAUUGACAUCAGCUCCCUUGUUGUUCAGGAUGAAUAUAUCUUUAUCCAGGUGACAGCUGGUGGAAGAGCAAAUUACUAUGUGUCAUACAGACGGGAGCCUUUUGCACAGAUUAAAUUGCCCAAAUACUCUCUUCCUAAGGACAUGCAUAUUGUCAGCACAGAUGAGAAUCAGGUGUUUGCAGCCGUUCAGGAGUGGAACCAGAACGAUACAUACAACCUGUAUAUCUCAGACACCCGAGGGGUGUACUUCACCCUGGCCUUGGAAAACGUGAAAAGCAGUCGGGGACUGGAGGGAAAUAUCAUCAUUGACCUUUAUGAGGUAGCAGGGAUCAAAGGCAUAUUCCUGGCUAACAGGAAGAUAGAUGACCAAAUCAAGACUUUCAUUACCUACAACAAGGGCAGAGACUGGCGUUUGCUGCAGGCACCGGACACUAAUCUAAGAGGGAAUCCUGUAGUUUGCCAGCUGCCCUUUUGCUCAUUGCACUUACAUCUGCAACUCUCAGAGAAUCCGUACACUUCAGGAAGCAUUUCCAGCAAAGAGACAGUUCCUGGGCUGCUGGUGGCAACAGGCAAUAUUGGCGCUGAGCUUUCCUACACUGAUGUUGGUGUAUUCAUCUCUUCUGAUGGUGGAAAUUCCUGGAGACAGAUCUUCGAGGAGGAGUACAGUGUGUGGUUUCUGGACUGGGGAGGGGCACUAGUGGCCAUGAAACGCACAUCAGUGCCCAUCCAGCACAUGUGGGUGAGUUUUGAUGAGGGAAGAUCCUGGAGUAAAUACAGUUUCACAUCAACACCACUUUUUGUGGAUGGAUCCCUUGUAGACCCUGGCAUAGAGACCCAGAUAAUGACAGUUUUUGGGCACGUCAGUCUCCGUUCUGAAUGGCAGCUGGUCAAGGUGGACUACAAGUCUGUUUUCAGCAGGAGGUGUAACAAGGAUGACUACCAAACCUGGCAUCUGCACAAUCAGGGGGAGCCUUGUGUCAUGGGAGAGAGGAAAAUCUAUAAAAAACGCAAGCCUGGAGCCCAGUGUUCCCUAGCUCGGGACUAUUCCCGAACUGUGGUGUCUGAGCCCUGUGUCUGUGGUCAAGGGGACUUUGAGUGCGACUAUGGGUAUGAGAGGCACAGCAACAAUCAGUGUGUUCCAGCCUUCUGGUUCAGCCUGUCCUCCCUGUCCAAGGAAUGCAGCAUCGGUCAGAGCUACUUGAACAGCACUGGGUACCGAAGGAUUGUGUCUAACAACUGCACAGAUGGUUUGCGAGAGAAGUACAUGGCCAAGAUGGAGAAAUGCCCUGGAAAAGCACCCCGGGGACUGCACAUCCUCACUUCAGAUGGAAAGUUGGUCACGGAGCAGGGACACAAUGCCACUUUCAUCAUCCUUAUGGAAGAGGGCGAUCUGCAGAGGACAAACAUUCAGCUGGAUUUUGGAGAUGGCAUUGCAGUAUCCUAUGCUAAUUUCAGCCCUGUUGAGAAUGGCAUCCGGCAUGUGUACAAGAGUGCUGGAAUCUUUCAGGUGACAGCAUAUGCAGAGAACAGCCUGGGCUCUGACGCUGCUGUCCUCUUCCUGCAUGUGGUCUGUCCAGUGGAGCAUGUCCAUUUGAGUGUCCCCUUUGUUGCCAUCAGAAAUAAGGAUGUUAACAUCACUGCAGUAGUUUGGCCCAGCCAGGCAGGCACACUUACCUACUUCUGGUGGUUUGGUAACAGCACCAAGCCCCUCAUCACCUUGGAGAGCAGCAUCUCAUACGUCUUUGCCGUGGAGGGGAUGAACACUGUCACUGUGCAGGUUUCUGCGGGCAACACCCUCAUCCAAGACACCAAGGAGAUCGCAGUGCAUGAGUACUUCCAGUCUCAGCUCCUGUCAUUUUCUCCCAACUUGGACUACCAUAACCCUGACAUCCCUGAAUGGAGACAAGACAUUGGCAAAGUCAUCAAGAGAGCUCUAGCACAGGUGACUGGUAUCCCUGAUGAACAGAUCUUGGUAGCUGUAUUUCCUGGGCUACCUACUUCUGCUGAGCUCUUCAUACUGCCCCAUAAAAACACAACAGAAAGGAGGAAAAGCAGUGAGGCUGAUCUGGAGCAAGUGGUAGAAAUCCUUUUUAAUGCUCUCAACCAGAACCUGGUCCAGUUUGAACUGAAGCCUGGUGUUGAAAUCAUUGUGUAUGUUACUCAGUUAACAUUAGCACCCCUGGUUGAUUCCAGCACGGGUCAUAGCAGCUCAGCGAUGCUGAUGUUGUUGUCUGUGGUGUUUGUAGGCUUGGCUGUGUUUUUGAUCUACAAAUUCAAGAGGAAAAUCCCUUGGAUUAACAUCUAUGCCCAAGUCCAGCAUGACAAGGAGCAGGAAAUGAUUGGCUCUGUCAGCCAAAGUGAAAAUGCCCCCAAAAUCACUCUGAGUGAGUUCACAGACCCUGAGGAGCUGAUGGACAAAGAGCUGGACACACGAGUGAUGGGAAGUAUCUCAACAAUUGCCAACAGUGAAAGCACAAAGGAAAUCCCCAACUGCACUAGUGUUUAAUACUGAGAAUCCACUUGGUCUACAACAUUUCUGACUUUUUAUUUGUAAUUAUUAUUGUUAUAAUUAUGAUGAUGAUGAUGAUGAAAAAAGAAAGAGUUAUAUGUCAUUAUUAUCAUUUGGGAGGGGAUGGGAUGGGCUUUUUCUGUUUACCAGGGCUGCAUUCAUAAAUAGCAGGGAUUCUUCUUAUUUAGGAAAUACUCAUCAGAUUAGAAAGAAAAGGCAAAGAACGAGUCAAGUGUGAAAUGGGAUUUGAAGGCCAGCUUUCUGUUAAAGGCAGAAUGGGAAAUAAGUAUUAAAAUCCAACAGGUAGGUCUAGUACCUUAGGCAACAUGUGGUAGGUAAGUGGUCCCUUUUCAGCCCUUUAUAAAACAGGUAAUAAAUAAGCUACUUUGUCCUGCCCAAGUGCUCAGACUGGGUUGUUGGACCAGGCUCUGCAACGUGCCAACAGCCCUUGCUUUCCGGUGACAUGCAUGUCUCAGCUUUUUGCAGGAUCUUGCCUCUUCUAAUUUGUUUAAUUUCAGUCACCCUCUGGCACCGUUGACUUCUGAGAAUUGAAAAAGAAAAAUCAGAGUAAACACACAAGUCAGUGUUCCUUGGACUGUAGAUUGGCUGGAGGGGACAGCACCACAAGCAGUGAAGGAGCAUUCCAGAGUUUAUGAAUGCAGCCCAAACCCCGUGCAUGUGAAUAGCGAGGAUGCCCAAGGCCUACUGUAGAUAAUUACAAUGUACAUAGCUUUUUAUUUCUUGGGAAAUAAUUUAAUGUUUAGUAAAAGGAGAUAUGUUUAAAACAAAACCUAAACCACAUGCACACAUGCUUGCACACACACGCACAUGCACACACACACACACACGGGCGCUCUUGUACACACCAGCCACCCAGGGACCCUGGGGAGCAUUUGAGUCACGCGUUGGUUCCAAGUGUGUUCCACUUGUCUGUCAUAUUUCAAUCUGACACUGCUGUCUAUAAACAGCAUAGUUUAUUUCUCUGUGUAUAACUGCAAGCCUUUUUUUUAAUAUAUAUAUAUAUAUUCACAAGCCAUGGUCCUCAUGGGAGACUUCAACCACCCUGACAUCUGUUGGAAGAACUCCGCUAAACGGAAACAAUCCAGGAGGUUCCUAGAGUGCAAGGAUGAUAACUUCCUUUUCCAAGGAACCAACAAGGAGAGGUGCUAUGCUGGAUCUUGUCCCUACCAACAAAGAAGGGCUGGUGAGGGAUGCUGAGCUCAAGGGCAGCCUAGGUUGUAGUGACCACAAAAUGGUGGAGUUUAAGAUCCUUAGGGCAGCAAGGAGGGCUCACAGCAAGGAGGGCUCACAGCAAGCUUACUGCCCUUGACUUCAGAAGACCAGAUUUCAGCCUCUUCAGGGAUCUGCGCAAGGGAAUGUCUUGGAAUAACAUCCUGGAGAGUAGAGGGGCCUAUGAAAGCUGGCUGAUGUUUAAGGAUCACCUAAGCCCAAGAGUGUUGCAUCCCAACUAAGAGGAAGUCAAGUAGAAACUCCAAGAGGCUGGCGUGGACGAGUAAGCAGCUCCUAGAAAAGCUCAAAGUGAAAAAGGAAGCAUACAGGGGGUGGAAGAUUGGGCAGGUAUCCUGGGAGGCUUACAGAGAGGUUGUCUGAGCAGCUAGGGAUCAGGUUAGGAGAGCCAAAUCCCUGCUAGAAUUAAAUAUCACCAGGGAUAUUAAGAACAAUAAGAAAAGCUUCUUUAGGUAUGUUGGGGAGAAAAGGACAUCCAAGGAGAGUGUAGGCCCUCUCCUGAAGGAAAUGGGUGAGGUAGCAACACAGGAUAUUGAGAAGGCUGAGGUCCUCAAUGACUUCUUUGCUUCAGUCUUCUCUGGCAAGUGCUCCAACCUCAACACAAAGGCCAGAUAAGGUGAAAGCAGGGACUGGGAGAGUGAAUUACUUCCCACUGUAGGAGCAGAGCAGGUUCGUGACCAUAUAAAGAACCUGAAGGUGCAUAAAUCUAUGGGACCUGAUGGGAUUCACCCACGGGUCCUGAGGGUCCUGGCAGAUGAAAUUGCUAAGCUUCUGUCCAUCAUAUUUGAGAGGUCAGGGCAGUCUGGUGAGGUUCCCACUGAUUGGAACAUAGGCCCUAUUUUUAAAGGAGGACCCAGGGAACUACAGGCUGGUCAGUCUCACCUCUGUGCCUAGCAAGGUCAUGGAGCAGAUCCUCCUGGAAAGUCUGCUAAGGUACAUAGAAAAUAAAGAGGUGAAUGGUGACAGCCAGCAUGGCUUCCCUAAGGGCAAGUCAUGCCUAUAUAUACAUAUAGCAUCAUUUGCUAUGAUGGAGCAGAAAAAGUUAUUAGCAGGACAGACAAUGAGACUCCCAUAAAUAUUUUAAUGAUGUUCAUCUUCUGUUCACCUCUGUCACUGUUGUUGACUUCUCAGAAGGAUGUUUUUGACAUCCAUUAGGGAGAAUGAGGAAAACAAAUGCAAAGUUAUUACCAUCUCAGUGUGGGUGAAUAUCAGUGUGCUCGCAGUACCCAGUAUGACCUCAACAGUGUGCCAGGUUGCAGUAGCUUUGUUCCCAGUGAGAUGUCAUGCUUUUAGCAGUUAAGCUGGUGAAGUAAAGUGCUAUUCAGGAUGUGUAAGAGCAGGAAAUGUUGGCUGAACAUGAUGCAUGCAAUUAGGGACUGCUUUUUGGAGAGGGGGAUGCAGGGCCAGACCUGCAUAACUGAGCUAGGAGAGGUGGUUCUUGUGAGUGCUGCAGAAUGGCUGCUUCCCGUUUUGGAUAGAAAUGCUAUCAGAGUAUUUUCUGCAUGAUGGUGUGGUGCUUUCAAAUUAGAACUGGGAUUUUAAUGAAGAAAAGAUAGUGAAAAAGCUCUUUAGGAGUCCUCUAGCACAGUGAGUUGAGGAUAGGCCCUAUGAGUGGUACAGUGUUGGAGCAGGAGGUUGACUUAGCAGUGAGUUUCUUUUAUCCAUUUUUCUUGAGUUUAUGAUGUUAAAAAUGGACCUUAUUCUGCAGAGUAUUGAGUUAUAAGACCCAGCAGGACUGGAAGCAAGACUGGAGGCACAUUUGGGCGGAUGGUCUAGGUGCUUGUGUGGUAACAGGAAACAGAAAUGAGGCAAGAUGACAAUGGUUGUUGCCUUUUUUUAGGAUCUGGAUGCAGGACUCCCCAUCAUCUUUAAAUAUAUCUGGACUGAAAUGAGGAGAUGGCUAGAAUUGGAGUGUUACUUGCUACCUCUCUGCAUUACAACAUGCCAGUUGUCUACAAACCAGCCUCAGCUACAUGUGUUCACUCUGUUAGUGGGCUGGAAUCUCUCAAAGGUUAUAAUCCUGAGGGGUCAAUAGGUAGAGAGAAAAGUGGUCACACACAGUUUUGCAUAAAAACUCAGGAGGUAUAUCAAGAUUAAAAUUGUAAAACUAAACAGUAAGGAAAUAACUGUUUUGUGUGGAAUACUAAAGCUAAAUAUUGUUGAUUUGUCUGCUCCUCUAUUUCAGCCAGGCUUGUGGGCCUUUUCUGUUGAUUUAAAAAUAAUUCUUUUGUUUCCUCACUUACUUUUCUGCUCUGCUUCCUAAUACAAGCUGGAGAGGGAUGGCUGUGCUGUGCUACUUAACCUUCAGUUUCCAUCCAUCACAUCUGCAUAAACUGUUGCAUUACUCUCUGUUCUACUGAAACACCAAAGUGGUUUUAUAGUAAUGGCCCAGUCUGGUGCUAACCCUGUUAGCACAAGGCUGUAGCUUCCCAUUUGGGUGUAGACAAGAGGGAUGUACAUAAACAAUGAUCCUGUGGACCCUGAGAUAAACUGUGGGCUGAUCUCAGUCUUUGCUGAUCCUUAGGAUUUGAGGGACUGAUUUUGUGCUGCUGCAGACUGAAUGUGAAAUAUUCAUUAUUUUCCAUAUUAACUUAUUUUAUUAACCAGGAAACAAAGUGAAAAUAUUCAUUGUUUGGAGUUUUCUAGACUUAUCACAGGAUUGAUCUCCUGUUGAUUUAAAAGAAAGGCAGGAGAUUAUACUUUCCACAGUUUCUUUUUCACAGUUUUUUACAUAAUUUUUUUACAUUUUUUCCCUUUGCACUCUUAGAGAUGGCUGCUAAAACUCUCGUAACAGAUGGGAGGAAACAAGGAGGAAAUUUGAGAGUAAGCUGCUGAAAAAAAUGUAAACAUUUUCACUUCUCAAAAAGAAAUUUAAUCUCAAUGAAGGCAGAGAAGUUUCUGAAUAAUACAGUUAAUUUUUUGAGAAACAUCUGUCCAGAAAGCUAUUUUCAAUCCAAAGCUACCCUAAAGGCACUACAAAGCAAACAAAAUCCAUGGAACCAAAAUUCAAUUUAAAAAAACAAAACAAACCUGCCUGAUUCUUCAAUUGGUUCAGACUUUGUGCUCCUGGAGACUUAGUGUCAGCCCUGCCUCUCAGGGUGGUUUGUCACACAGCUGCCUGGACCAGAGUGUGCUCCAUGCAUGUUUGGAUGUGAAUGGGAUCCCAUUUCCCAGAUCGUACCUCUUGCAUUAGGGCACAACCAUGGUUGAAAAAAGCUUGUGGUCAUGACUGAAAGCUGCUCCUUUAGGAUACCAGCAGGGUAACUGCUGCAUUACAGUGGGAUACCCAGCACUAUAUUAAUUGGAUCUCUGUAAGGUUUGGAUUGGGCAACCAGCACUAGCUGUCUUUUUUUGGAAGGUACUGAGCUGCAGCAUUGGCACAGAGUGAAGCUUUGGUCACUUUUACUUGUGUGUAUCAUGCUGGGAAAUAACAUCUUGGGGAUGCCAUUGGGGUUUCUUUCUCCUUCAAGUUUUACUCCUGAGGAAAAUGUGAUGGAAAUCCUUGAAGCUGCAAAAGAUUAUUUACCUGAGUAAGAAGGGAAAGAGCCAGUGCCAUGAAUAGAACGUAGAUAGCUCCCAUACUGCAGUUGUGCAUAAAGAGGAAAAGAGAGAGCAAGAGACUGGAUCAGUGCCCUCUAUCACUGCCAGCCUUCCCCCCGUGAUGGAUUCUGUUGUAUUAGCUGUAACUUAGGAAUAAUGGAUGAGAUCUGGAGACUAGAUGCAGCUUUUGGCUCUGUAUAGCUGUCAGUCAGAUGCAAGAAGCCAACAUAUCCUCUACUUAGUUUAACCUGCGCUUGAGAAGUCCAACAGUAAGCCCAGAAGGAUCAGAGAUGGGGCUGGAGCAACUGGGGACUGCAGAGUUUUUCAGUUACAGUUGCCAUCAAGAGGAGCAUGUGCAGGAGAGCAGGUGCAUUUUCUUCUAGACUAGGUUUUGGGUUUAGGGAUGUGCAAAGAUGUGCUGUUCUCCUCCCUUUCCCUUCAGUCAGUUCCCACACACAUUCCAGGUCUGACAAACCAAACCAGAAUCCUCACAUCCUCACACUUCUGCUCAUGUCAGAUAGUGCAUUAAAUUCAAAACACCACCAUGGCUUUAAAGGAUUAAAUGAGACAGACAAUUGCAAUACCUGUAUUAAACACAGUAAUACAAAUGCAUGAGUCACAUAUAUACAUAUAUAUAUAUAUACUGUUCUUGGUUUUAUUGUUCCAUUUGAAUAUUUCUACUGUAAAAAAAGGCAGUGGUUUUGAAAUUGUUGAAAAUAAAUGUAUUUUUGUACAUCAGA